CACAGCCUACGUACGCUUUGAGAAAAUGGCAUAUCCUCAAAGAUCUCUCAGUGUUGAUCCAAGAAGUGGUUUCUGCAAAUCAAACUCUACAUUCUAUAGUAAACGCAACCCAUUGAGUCUCCCACCAAAUCCUUCCCUCGACGUCACAACUUUCAUCUCCUCUCAAACGCACGGCGGCACCACCGCCUUCAUCGAUGCCGCCACGGGACACCGUUUAAGCUUCACUGAUCUCUGGAGAGCCGUGGAUCGCGUCGCCGACUGUCUUUAUCAUGAAGUCGGGAUACGAAGAGGUGACGUCGUCCUCAUCCUCUCUCCAAACUCGAUCUAUAUUCCCGUCGUCUGCCUCUCCGUCAUGUCUCUAGGCGCCGUCGUCACCACCGCCAACACUCUCAACACCGCCGGUGAAAUCUCUAAACAGAUCGCCGACUGCAACCCAACUCUGGCGUUCACCACGCGCCAGCUGGCUCUCAAACUCGCAGCCGCCGCUAUCUCCGUUGUACUCACCGAGGACGAAGACGGAGAAGAGGAACCAGCUCGCGGAUUAAGAGUCGUUGGGAUAUUAAGCGAGAUGAUGAAGAAAGAACCGAGUGGUAAACGAGUCAGGGACCGAGUCAACAAGGAAGACACGGCGAUGAUGCUUUACUCGUCGGGAACCACAGGACCGAGCAAAGGAGUGAUCUCGUCUCACGGUAACUUAACCGCUCACGCGGCGAGAUACCUCUCGGAUAAGUCGAAACGAGACGAGAUAAUCCUAUGCACCGUUCCAAUGUCCCACACUUUUGGAUUACUAGGCUACGUCAUGAGUACCGUAGCUUUGGGGAAGACGGUGGUGGUUCUUCGGAGAUUCGAGCUUCACGAUAUGUUAGAUGCAGUGGACAAGUACAAAGCCACGACUCUAGUAAUGGCGCCGCCGGUUUUAGUAGCUAUGCUCAACGGUGCGGAUCUGAUCAAGGACAAGUACGAUCUGAGCUCACUGAGGACGGUGACGUGUGGUGGAGCGCCGUUGAGCAAGGAGGUUACGGUAGGGCUUUUAGAGAAAUAUCCAUCGGUUGAUAUACAUCAGGGGUAUGCGUUGACGGAAUCGAACGGCGGAGGGGCUAACACGGUUUUUGUAGUUGUAGAGGAGAGUACUCGGAGAUACGGCACGGCCGGGACGUUGACAUCUGAUGUGGAAGCGAGGAUCGUUGAUCCUAAUACGGGUAGGGUCAUGGGAGUUAAUCAAACGGGCGAGCUCUGGCUCAAGGGCCCUUCAAUUUCCAAAGGUUAUUUUAGAAACGAAGAAGCUACAAAUGAAACUAUCAACGUAGAAGGAUGGCUAAAAACUGGAGAUCUCUGCUAUAUUGAUGAAGAUGGUUUUCUUUUUGUUGUCGAUCGACUGAAAGAACUGAUCAAAUACAAAGGCUAUCAGGUGCCUCCAGCUGAACUAGAAGCUCUUUUGAUCACUCACCCAGACAUUCUCGAUGCUGCCGUCAUUCCGUUUCCGGACAAAGAAGCGGGACAGUAUCCGAUGGCUUACGUGGUGCGAAUGUCCGAGAGCAAUCUAUCCGAGCAACAAAUUAUUGACUUCAUCUCUAAACAGGUGGCACCGUAUAAAAAAAUAAGAAAGGUUGCAUUUAUAAAUUCCAUACCAAAAACCGUGUCCGGCAAAACACUUCGCAAAGACCUAAUUAAACUGGCAACUUCGAAACUUUGAAAGUAUCUAUUUGCUACAUUCUUAAUAAUAUAUACUAGGUACUAACCCGCAAAAAAUCGCGGGCUGAACUUUUUUU